AGCUUUGGAACUCAAGUACCGCCAUUGAUUCAGUACUACUCGGCAAUAUUUAAAGAUAUUGAUCAUGAUCAUGUGGUUCUUUAUUCCAUGCCUUACUGCUUUACUUGCAGUUGGGAUUAGUCAUUGGGUUUACAUGUGGCUUAACCCCAAGUGCAAUGGCAAGCUUCCUCCUGGUUCAAUGGGCUUUCCCAUUAUCGGUGAAACCUUGGAGUUCUUCGCUCCUCAUCCAUUUCACAGCAUCCCUCCCUUCAUUAGAAACAGAAUGGAGAAGUAUGGGGCAGUAUUUAGAACAAGCUUAGUUGGGAAAAAGGUGGUAGUUUCCACGGAUCCUGAAGUCAAUACUUACAUUUUUCAACAAGAAGAUAGAUCUGUCUUAUUAUGGUACACAGAGAGUUUCAUGAAAGUUCUUGGAAAAAAAAGUCUUCUCACUCAUCACGGGGUAAUUCACAAAUACCUCAAGAACUUGAUUCUACACCAUGUUGGCCCCGAAAACCUCAAGGCAAAUGUAAUGAGUGAACUGGAUGCAGUGAUUUGCAGUCAUCUGCAUGCUUGGGCUAGACAUGGAACUGUGGACUUGAAAGAAGUAACCUCAAAUAUGUUAUUUGACUAUGCUGCUAAGCAGUUGAUGAGUUAUGAUGAGUCGAAGACACCCUUGAAAUUGGCAGAGAAUUUCAAAGCUUUUAUCUAUGGUCUCCUCUCUUUUCCUCUUGACAUCCCUGGCACUGCAUAUCAUGCUUGUCUCCAGGGACGUAAAAAUGCUACAAAGAUAAUUACGGAUAUCUACAACGAUAGGAAAGCAUCAAAGAUUCGUCGUGGUGAUUUCUUAGAUCAUUUGCUUGAGGAAGUAGAGAGUGAAAAGUCUUUUUUGAAUGAAUCAUCUGCCAUUGACUUGGUCUUGGUGCUUCUGUUUGCUUAUCAUGAAACUACUUCGACGACCUCAACAUUAGUACCAAAGUUUAUCUCUGAUCAUCCAGACGUGCUGGCUGAACUAACGAAAGAGCACGAGGAAAUUCUGAAAAAUCGUGAUGAUGAGACAUCUGAAAUUACGUGGCAAGAAUACAAGUCAAUGACUUUUACACAUAUGGUUAUCAAUGAAACCGUAAGGUUGGCAAACAUUGUCCCGGCGAUUUUCAGAAAAGUCGUAAAAGAUGUGGAAGUGAAGGGAUAUACAAUUCCUGAAGGCUGGCUAGUCAUGGUUGUUCCAUCUGCUCUACAUCUAAACCCAGAUGUGUACACCGAUCCUCACACAUUUAACCCAUGGCGAUGGGAGGGAAAAGAAUUGCAUGCAGGGUCUAAAACGUUCAUGGCGUUCGGUGGUGGUGUGAGACUCUGCGUGGGAGCCGACUUUGCAAAGCUCCAAAUGGCCAUAUUUAUUCAUUACUUGGUCACAAAAUACAGGUGGAAAAUAAAUGGAGGAGAUGAGAAGAUGAUUCGAAGGCCAGGCUUGGUGUUCCCGAAUGGUCUACCAAUUGAGAUCUCCGAAAAGGACAUGAAGUGCUGAUGAAGAAGAGAUCAUUAGAUCCAAUGCGGAACGAAAUAAAUGCACCUCAUGAUGGUCUUAUAUAUUAAUGGUGCCUAUUAUUAUAUAUUGCUGCUUUGAGAUAUCUUAAUUAGGUGAGGGAUGCAAAAAUUAAUCAUGUAUUAGUGAUAUUGAUGAUUAUUAGUGCGUGUUUAAUUUUCCAAUCAAUAACAUGAUGAUUUUAGGUAUU